CGCCCACCCGCUCCCGCCCCGGGUUGAAGACAUAAAUGCUGUCUGCGCCGAGAAGUUGCCCGCUGCCAAGUUUGCUGUUCCUGCUGCUGCCGCGAGCCAAGGAAGCCCGGGCACUCUCCGGGACUUUUGCUCACCGCCUUCCAGUCUCCUGCAGAGUUCUUCCCGGCUGGGCCUGUAGUUGCGAAGCUUUUUUUCCGUCUUUUCACAACCACAAAAACCGCUAGCUGCUGAGGCUCCAAAGAGAUCAAGAUGUGGACGGCGCCAAUGUUGUUUUGGGUUUUGGGGAGCGCGUGGUGCUGGCACUUUGCGCAGGGAGCACCCGUAGGUGGACUAGAAGAUGAUAUUGUGACCCCAGGUCCAGGAGGUGGCAUGGUGAGACCAGGUCUGGAAGACAGAAUAGCAACCACGGGUACUACUGGAGGACUGAAUGAAUCUACUGGCAAGGUACCAACACACACAGACAUUCCCUUUGAGGACCAGCCAACCCCAGAAAUCCCAGACCACGAUCACGAAGAACAUAAGAGUACAACCACUGUCAAAAUGGUGACGAGCCAUUCUGUGGAUCAGUCAACAAGUCACCCCAACAAAGAUAGCACAGCUGACGAAACAGAGACAACAGAUAAGAGAGAUGGCUUAGCAGUAGUGACCCUGGUUGGAAUCAUAGUUGGCGUCCUGUUAGCCAUCGGCUUCGUUGGAGGGAUCAUCAUUGUGGUUAUGAGGAAAGUUUCUGGAAGGUUCUCGCCCUAAAGAGCUGAACAGAUCAGGUUGUUCUCCCAACAUAUCUGAAAAUAAGGGUGCUUCCAGCUCCCCAUCUUCUGCUUGUGGAGGAAGAUGACCCAUGGAAUGCCCACCCCACUCACAGCCAUGGUGACUCCUCCGCUUGCCGAAGUACCAAAAGGAAAGAUACAUGACAAGCCACGGCCCCUCGAAGCAUAUGCCUUUGGAAAGCAAACAUUCUUAAUACAAAUUUUUUAAUAAAUGAUUCAAAAUACAACAUGCGUGGAAAAUGAAGCGAAGCUACGUAAACUGACUUGUUAACCAAGACAGCAUCACCAGUUGACGUUAGCAACUGUAACCAUGGCUUCAUCCUGGCCAUUCCCUGCUACUACUGGGAUGCAAAGGAAUCUGGAAAUGUUUAUUGAAUCUGCAGAGCCAUUGGCUCAGUGUUACUUA